GCUGACAAGAAAAAAAUAGUCGACUCCGCCAUUGACCCCUAUCGCUCGUAUCGCAAGUAUUAUGGUACGAUUCGUCCUGAACGCAUAAAAAUUCCUCCAUGCCGAGAUGGUUCAUCGCAAUUUGAAAGUGUAGCGGCCCGAAACUGCCUGAAUGAGGGAAAUGAUAACUUUGAAAAUAGAGAUUCGCACUUUAAAAUUUCUGACGAAAUGAUCCGUUACGUGGUUGAGGCGAAAAGUGAAGAAAAAAGGGUUCACUCUGAAGAUGAGCAGAGAAAAUUCGGAUCGGAUCUUGACAUUAGCAUCAUUUAA